UUUUGGCAAUGCGUUCCCGGAAGGCAAAAAGGCCAGUGAUACAAAGUGUGUGAAAAGCGGAGAGUAAAACUUCGAGUCGAUUGCAGCGAAACACUCCCGGCAGACGUUUUUCGCGCGCUGUACCGGCUGGACUAGGUUAAUCAUUAACUUGUCUCAGUGGGAGUUCAGUGGGGCGAGUGCAUAAUCUUCCUGCAUAUAUUAAUGGCUGCCAAAAUUCGGAAUAAAAACUGAUAACGUCUCAUUUCUGGCGACCUUUAGACCCGUUGUUCAGUUCCACUUCUUGUGUAUUUUUCACAGCCGCAAGUUGAUCAACGUAAAAUCCAACAUGGCCGCUAACUGAAGUCAGCCGCCAUAGGAAAGAAGAAAAUGCUGGCUGUGUUAUUUAUUGAUUAGGUCGGCAGAAAUAAACGCUGCAAGACACAAGUGAUUUAUCUGUGAACUGAAAUUUUGUCUACAAGAAAAAGAGACAGAACCGUUGCCUUUAUCAUCCAUCAGCACCUCAAGUAUGCACCAAGUGCAGAGGUGAGGCUUCAGACCUACACUCCAACAGCCAGAGACUAGUUUCCCUGUCAAGAGACCAGCUCUACAGAUCCUGAGAAGAUGAAUAAUUCCACCGUCACCAUAGCAACCACCAUAGAGGUUGAGAAUCAGACCACCCAUGCCAUGGUCACUGCCAUGGAGAACUGCAGCGAGGGUUCUCAGAUCGUCUGGUCUAGUCUCGGGAUGUGUCUGAAGAGCCCCCUGCAAUAUGUGGCCUUCUGCUUUGCAAUAGUUUCCCUCUGUUUCUGGCUGAUCUCACACCUUUUCUUGUUGAGGGCCAGGCACCUCCAGGGUAAUGCAAGUCGAAGGCAGUUCUUCACACUGGUUCAUAUUUGCUCUGCCAACCUGUGCAAUGUGGUCGGUGCUCGCCUGUCAGGACAGCUAGGAACACAGGUGUUGAUUGCUGGCUAUUUUGUUGGAGCUGACCUUGUCUUCUUUAUUCAUUACGUCUUCACCCGCUGCAUAACUAAACCCCAGCAAUCAGAUGGAAUUCCUUACACAAUAUACAACCCUACAGGUGAAUGGAAGAGUCCUGACAGAGCAAGAGGCAAACAGAAUGGUGACCGUACCCGCAUCAUGUGCCUACUCCUGGCAUGGCUACCAGCUAUGAUCUACAUGCCUCUAGCAUCAUCACCGUGGCAACCACGGAGGAUGGAGAAAUUUGGGCCUGGUAGAAAGCUUAUGAUGGUCUCCGAGAGCAGUCUUGACAACUUUGGAUUCACUCUUGGUGUGUUUGCCAUUGUAAUUUAUGGCCUGGCAAAGGUUCCCGUCGUCAAAGAUGGGUUCCGACAAAGCGAUUACCUGCUGCGCCAUGCCCACGUUAACAAUUUUGCCAUUUUGGCCAACAUCUGCUAUGUACUCUCAAUCAUAAUAUAUGAUCAGGGACUUGACUUCUUGCUCAAUGCAUUGCCAUGGUUACUCAUUUGUACGGUGUGCACACUUUUUGAUGUAAUAGUUUUGUACCUCAUAGCUCGCCAGCAGCGCCAGAGAAUCAGAGAAGAGGCAGCACAGCGCUGGGAAGAAGGUCGCGACCCCAGCGUGAGGGCGUACGAGGAUGGAAGGGAAGAUGGCAGUGAGUUGAACGAUGAUGGCGAUGAAGGCUGGGUUCCCAAGCAGGAGCCAAGACUGGCUGCUAUACAUGAAGAUGAAGAGGAUGAAAGCGAUGAAAGUCUUAUUCUGCGUGAACCGCAUACUCCCCUUCUCCUUUUCAAAAAGCAGCCCCCACGCACCCAGGCCAACUUGAACCAUUCAGGCAGAGGGGCAGGUCGUUACGAUGACAUGCAAGGGGAGAUUGAUGUGGAGCGUACAGGUCAGAGGUCACCCAUUCAGGCCUUGCCCCCACCUCCGCAACAUCCCCGAGGAGGGCGGAGACAGAAGGAGGUGUCUAAGACGAUUGAUAACUUCGGGGAGGAUCUAGAAUGGGACCUGUCAGAUAUGUCUAAGACGUACAAAGAGGAAGAUGAGAUUGAUGAGGAGGAAGAUGAGGAAGACGAGGAAGUGAUUUGGGAUGAGGAUCUCAUCAGGAGAGAGGUUGAGGCAGAGCUGAGGCGUCGGGAGGGGCAGGGAUCAGGGAUGAUGGACCCUCAGGGGGACAACCUCUCUGACAUCUCGGUCCGAUCGCUGGAGUUUGAAGAUAUCCCAGUGGAUGAGGACUUGGAAGAGGGCAUACAAGACGAGUGGUUUGAGAGUUAGUCUGGGGGAACCGUAUUGAAAUUUGAAAUAGCUACAGGUGAAUUACAAGGGGUAAGUUGUUGUUGAAAAGAGAAUGUAAGGGAAGAGGUUGUGUCAAAAUCCUACUAAAAGAAAGAGUACAUUGUGUUGACCAGAUGCAGUUCUACAACCACCUACAGUGAUCACAACUUCAUGCAAACUGCACUCUGACAAACUGUAGGGAGAGUCUCCCUCGUCAAUACGCCCUUACUGGGCCUGGCUGGGCCUUGGUAUCCCUUUCAGAUUUCAGUCAAAGUUGCCUUGCCCCUUAAAUGAAAUAAUGCUCCUUAUUACAUCCGGUCCACAAUAUUCUCUGAGUGUAGAAUAAACCUAGUGCCAACCUACUCCAUCUUGGCAUCACCAAUGUAUCCCACCAAGUGUUAACUUUAACUCCUGCAUUUUGGUCAAGAGAAUGCCAUUUUUCAGAUAUUUGGACGUGUACAUAGGAGAAAGUCCAACUCGAAAUGUGGACAAUUAAAGAUAGCGUUUUCUAAUAGAAAGUUAAUUAAUAGUGAUUUCUAAUCAAUUUAGAAUAGUCGAAUUAUAAUUAUAUUAAAUUUAAGUAUUUAAAUAGCUUUAUUAAUCUAGAAUGCUUCAUUUGUAUCCUUAUGUUAUGUAGUACUGUACUAAAACUUCUGUUUCAUUUUGGAUAAAUUUUAGUGCAGUAUUUGUUCUUUGCAUUUGUAAGGCUUCUCUGCUGCAUUUAAUUUACUUUAAUAAGUAUUCAGAAUCAAUUCAACAAAUUUUCAGCCGUCACUGAUAAAUUCAACUGCUAUGUAUAUUAUUUUGAUUUCUUUGCUCUAGUUUGAUGUUACACAUUUUUGUAGUAGAAGCUAUAUUUAAAUAUUUAGUUAUCAAUCUUUACUACAAAACUUUAAAGACAUUACCGCUUGCUUCAUUUGCAUUUAAACUUUUUGCUCAAAAACCUUACAAUCCUGCAUACUGUAAUUUAUCAUUAUAGUUAAUAAAUUCUGGAAACUCAUAUGCAAAUGCCAACUGUAUAGUGCUGACGAAUGCAAUAGUUUUCUCAGCACAGCAAAAUAUUGCUAUCCAAAAUGCGACGCAUGGAGCAUAAUUCUGUUUACUGACAUUCUCUUCUCGGCAACCCCUUGACAUCACAUUGGUCUUAGCUAUUAAUACAGAAGACUGAUUCAGUUUUCAAAGUGAUUCUGAUUAUAGAAGGUAAAACUUAAGGAUUUUGUAUGGGUUUUAAAAAUGGAAAUGGCCCCUUUAGUAAAGGAAAGGAAAAGUGCAUCCUCACCAGUGUUGGAAGCGAAAAAACACUUUUUAUUUGUUAAAUGUGCACCGCUGUGCCUUUGUUGCUCAAGUUGGGGUUAAUCCAUUUUCUGUCUUUAAGUAUUCACCAAUUCUCGAUAAUUGUUGGUUUUGUAAGUGUAAAUUUACGGUAAAUGUGUGUAUGGUAAUUGAAAUAACUCAUGAAUUCAUUAAUAAAAAGAUGAUGGUAAAAUUAUACUGAUUCGUCCUAUUGUAAAUACAAGAUAUAUUUUAUACUGUAAAAUUUGUAGUGAUAGAUUGAAGAGCUUCCGUAAAAUACUGUAAGUUAACGAAAUAAUGUUUUAUAGAUUUUCAAAAAAUUAUAGUACUGUAGUUCUGGUCACAUUUGCAUGACUGUAAAUAACAUACUUCACUAAAUAAACUUCCAAGGACAUGUC